AUGAGAUCGCGGGCAUUUGCUAAUUUCACUGGCGCAUCAGUGGAGAAAGAGGAGGAGCCGCGCCCGAGUGGCGUGGCCCCGCAGCCGGCACCAGCUCCGCCUCGCUCGUCCCAGCUUGCGUCCUCGAGGCGGACUGCCUCUGUGGAGUGGCUCUCCGCCCCGACCGCUAAUACCAGCCCUCACUCGAGGCGGUACACCUCCUCCUCACAUUCGUGGCAGCCGAUGUGGCGAGCGCCGGUGAGAAGUCGCACCGACGGCAUGUGCCGCAGCGGCGGUGACGACAGUGGCAUCCCCGAGACACCGUUCAGAUGGCGCUCCUCACUUCUUCACUCGGCACGCACUUCGCUGCUGACACCCGUGUCACAUGGCAAAAGUCAUGCUGUGGCAACCGGGUCUACACUGCAUCCCGAGACGAGCAUCCGUCAUGUCAGCGAGCAGCUCGGGCGCUCCCCAGUCGGUGCCUUCACACCAAACAUUCGCUACCGCACCUCGACCGGUGCGUCCUCUGACACCCGAACUGCCCCCUGCCAGCUGUCUACGGCAAUAGUGAAGGAAUCUGUCAACUCCAACGGUGGGAGUCGUCAUUGUCGUGUGAGUCCCGCGCGUCGUGCAUCUGUAGAGUGGACGCCGCCCGCAUCUAUCCAUCCGGCACACACCAUCGCUCCGCUGCUACGACCGUCGGUGCCUACGCGGCCUUCCCUACUUCAAUCGCACAGGAAAACACAAGGUGAAGCCAUCCUGCGGCGGCGGCCGCCGUUGCUGGCCACGACUCACCAAGGCGCCGCCGCUGUCUCUACCUCGUUUUCUGCUGGUGGCAUACCGACCCGCUCCGCUCGGGUGGUGACCCUCUGCGUCCCUGCAGAGAUCGCGGUGCAGCCGAAUGGGGAUUCGGCAAGGCGGACGCGAAGGCGCGCGAGUUUGUCGGUCAGCAGCACUUCAUCUGUUGCCGUAGCAGGAACGUCUCCUGUCAGCAAUUUGUGGAUGCAGCCGGAGCGCCGGGACCUGGCGUUGCGGCGAGGCCACGGGGAAGUUGCUGAAGAGGCAGAGGUCGUCGCAGGUGUGACUCGCAGCAGCUCCCACGCACCGGUCCACCACGCAGAGGCAGAGGAGGACGAUGAGGUGGGUGGCAGUACUGAGACUAUUGCGAUUGGCCACCUUACCCUGCGCUCAUUCACAGAGGAGUACAGUCGCUUCUCCACCGAGGGCACUGUUGGCUGGGUCGGGCUGCAGACGCACCUACGCUGCCACACGCAAUCUAGCCAGAUCUUCACCCUGGACCUGACAUGCUGUCACAUGCGUCGCGAUCAAUGGACAUGGUUCACCCAGGAUAUCCUGCCGCAGCUCCGCGUACUGGAGGUGCUGCACCUCGUCCAGAUGCACUUGGAGGACGAAGCGGUGGCGGAACUGGUGCGUGGGAGCUGUGGGCUGUCCGCCGCAGCCGACGGCCGCCGCACCGCGAGUCGAAGCUGGCAGCAAAGCCCUUCGUCUGAAAGUCGCCACGGGUGUGGUGGCAGUGGUGACGGCAGUGGCAGCGGUGGCCGCGCCAUGCCUUCAGCCCCACUCGCGCACCUGCGUGUUCUGGACCUCAGCGGCAACGCCGUCACUCAGCGCAGCUGCACGCAUCUGGGCAAGAUGAUGCUGUGGAUGGCGGGGACACUGGAGGAGGUGCGUCUGCUGGGGAACCCGCUCAAGGACUACGGCAUGCAGACACUUUCCGUCUACGUGUCGAAGCUGAAUCUGGAGACGCUUGAGCAGGACUCGUCCCUGUUCCCCGCUGCACUGCGUGAGCUCUGUGCACAAGUGCGCCAGACGUGUAGACGUGGGCAUGCGGAGCGGAGCGGGGUGUCUGGACUGGCAUCAUCGUCGGCGCAGUCCGCCGCUGCGGCCGGCGUUGUGCACGCUGGGUGCAGCGAAGACGAGGGUAGAGGGGAUGCGAGUGAUUUGGUCGCGGGGCUACCCCUUGGGCCUGUGCUGCUCGACCUGCGCGAUUGCCGUGCCUCAGUGCGCGGCCUCUCCGAAAUGCUUGCCGCCGCCAGUCGUGCGCACCGCCUGCGCACCCUCGUGCUCUCGCACAACGUUGCUGGUGUGACGUCGCUGCUGCCGCUGCCAGCCAGCGAGUACCACGGGGCAGCCAACCUUGCCAAGGAGGAGGAGGAGGUGGUGUCCGAGGAAAGGGAGGCACGCCCCAGAUGCAGUGCUGACCGUGACCCCCAGCCCCAGCCCCUGCCAUUACCGCACCGCCUGAGGCUGGUCAAGACUCCGCUCGUCUACUCCGGCGCCCUCAUGCGGCGCAAGCUGACCGGCUUCAGUGACAUGGCUGUGUUCACGACAUCUUGCGCGCUCUCCACACUCGUCCUUUAUGGUGUCCCGCUUAGCCAAACAUGCUCGCCUCUGGGAUUCCGCGAGUUGCUGCUCAACAUUUUUUUCAGCUGUCCUCUACUGGACCUGGUCGAUCUCUCCGAUACGUUCGAGUGGUCUUUGCUGCCCCCAGAGGCGCGGCUGGCGCUCUUAACCGAGGGGAAUCGCCGGGACGCGGUUGAGCAGCGUUUGCACGGCCUUGAAGGGCGGCAAGGACUUCAUGUGUACGGCGAAAAUGAAGGUGAGGUUGAGUUUAGGCUCGACAGUGCCGUCGUGAGUGGUCAAACACGCCUUGGCGAUAUCUUUGGCGAGCUAAUGGCGCACGCAGCCCUCAACGCGGUAGUGCGGCACCGUCUCUUACCAGCCGCCUUUCUGCACGUACGUGAGUUGCACUUGAGCAGCACGGGGCUGACAGACUCUGGGGCGCAUGGCCUGUGCAUGGGCGUGCGGCGAGGACGGUCGCACACGGGGAUGCUGGCCUCUUUGGUGGUGCUGAACCUGUCAGACAACUUGAUGACUGUACGGGGGUGUGUGCGGGUAAUUUCAACCUUUCUCUUGGAUGACGACGCCAAGGGCGAUGUGGAUGCAACACGGAGCAGCCCAGCUUCGCCUGGCACCGCGACCGCUACUCGUGGGCCUAUGCGAAUCGCGCCCUUAACCGCCUUGGCGCUGCAGCGUAAUGCUGGCAUUGAAAGUUCCAGAAGCGAUGGCACGGCCGCUGGGAUGAAUGGUGGAAGCAACGAUGGCGCGGAUAACGCAGAGUAUCUGCAGCAGGUGUGCACGGCGGCAGAGGAGGCGGUACUGCGACGCGCUACACUGCGCUCCGCCGCGUGCCUGAAUCAGGCCUGCAGGAGCAGCAGUACCGCGACGAGAAAUGCUGCGACACAGGAAGAGCAGGUGCCGUCCUUGACAGUGUACUUCAGUGCACCUCCCCCGUGGGCAGCAACGCGGCCCAUGAGUAGCAGCGUUGUCGGCGACCCGCGCCCACCAUCGACUUUCCUAUCGUCUGCGGCGAGCAUGGACGUUUUUUAUGCUGGCUGCGAUGAUCAAGGCGACGCCUAUUGCACGUGCCCGUGCAGUCGCUUCUAUGUGCCCAAGCCUGCAUCAGCCGAGGCCACGCAUAGGGAAGACCCCAACGGUGCGGGGCUGCCCUAUUCAUCGCAGCAGCAGCAGUGGACGUCAGCCGCAGCCUCACGUAUACUGGCCGGCGCAGCGACCGCACGCGGAGGUCAAGCAGUCUCGACGUUGGCAGUGCCGGAGGCGAUUCGCAGCGACAACGGCGCUCUCAGCGCUGGUGCCACUCCUACCACUGGCGUGAAGCAGCAAAACCACACGCCGGCCGGCCCUCGACGCAGCCUUUUCGCUUCACUGGAUGCGCCACGCGAUGCCGUCGCUUCUGCGAUGACGGCCGCCGCUGUCGGCGCCAGGGCAGGGGGCGAGUGCCCCAACGGGCCGGUCAACACAGCAUCGCUUCACCAUUUGUGGAACUGCACAAACGACAUGGCGGCUACUACCGCCAUCUCCUUAGAUUCGGUUUCCUCCUCGUCCUUCUCUUUCGCACCAACGCCACCGUCAGCUUCAAUGUCUGCGGCGGCAGCUACGCGGCAUACCUCAGACUUGGGUGCCGCUGACGCCGAUCGCCGCUUCAUGCUGCUGCAGCAACAGCAGCAGGCGGGCCAGCCGUCACGUCGUGAGAGCAAUUUCUCGGUGUCCGGUGGAGCGUCCUUUGGUGAGCUCUUCAUGAGCAAGUCAGAGGAAACCCUGCCUCUGACCUUGGGAGCACCGAACAGCAUUGAGUUCUCCGACGCAGCGGCUGCGGCGCCUAUGGGCGUGGACGUGGACAUGAGCAGCACACUUGCGUCGACCACCGUCAGUGCAAAACACACGGGUGGACGGCGUGCGAGACUGUGGCGUAUUCGCACCUUCGUGCUCUCCUAUGACCACCCGGCUGGGCAUUUGCUCUGUCGUGCUUUGGGUGUACUGCUUCGACCAGCGCCGGACGCCGUUGGCGAGGGAGCCCGUGCUGCCCUCGACAAGGACCUGCUAGAUGCACUGAAGCGCGCGUUGGCAGCCUUUACAGCACGCUCAACCUCUGAGCAGGACAACGACGAGGGUGGUGGCGGCGGCGGUGGUGGUGCAGGCAAGGCUGCGAGCACCACCGUCGUGGAGGUGGUGCACUACCUUCCUCCUGAGUCGUCCUCGGCUACCGUGGCGGAUGGCGGUGACCCGAACCAGCGGGAGGCAGAGGCCCACUGGAUGCGUUUCAAGGUGACGACAAACGAGCGGAAAGGGGUCAUGGCGCAGCUUCUGCAAGAGGUACUGAACGUGCCACUGUCUGAGCAGUGUGCGUGCUUUGAGCGGCUUCUGCAGUUCGUUGGUCAGCACGUAAAGUGUGGUGAGGAGCUAGAUGGCGAGUCGUCAGCGGAGGAUUUGUGGGAUCCGGUGCGCGCAAUCGAGCGGGCGGCGCGGUCAUCGGCGGCGGUGCGGGCAAGGCUUGAGAUUGCCUACGGUGGAGAUGCUGCGACUGCCGUGCACACACGCCAUCAGUACUACGACGCUGCCGAUGCAACCCUCGCUCCAAUCAGUGAUGCCGGUGGUGGUGCUGCGGCUGCACCGGGUGCUGAACUGAACGGCACCGACAAUACAGAGGGUGUCGUGCGCCUUGACCACCUCUACUCCGCCUUGUGGAAAGAGCUGGGGUUGCCAGUUAGUGGCACAGCGAGGGAUGCACUGCCGCAUGCGCCUGCCUCUCUCUGCAUCAAGGAAGAGGAAGCGGAGGCGCCGGUCAGCGGCGAUCGACGACCUCAAUUGCUUGACAGGAGAGCUAGUGGUGGCGAUCUUUACAUGUUUCCGCUCACCUCGUGCGACGCGACUUCACGUCGAUCCUCAGAAGCUGCCAUCCCACUGUCAGUGCCGCCAUCCGCUGCGGUGCAUCAGCAGCGACUCCACGUCGUCAAUUUAUACGACCGAGGGAGCGGUGAAUUGAAGCUACGGGAGUGGGAGAGUUUACCAGCACCCCUGCGAGAAGGGCAACGCGACGAUGCUUUCGCAUCUGCCGCUGCCACUGGCGACGACCAAGGCGGCAUGGAGGGGGCAGAGGACGACAGGGAGACGUCGGCGGACUCGGCGAGUGUGACCACACCUGAGAAGCAGCUCGGCUACGCCCGCGACAUGGAGCUCGGCGGCACUGCUGCAGAGCUCUUACCACCGCUAUUUGCGCUUGGCGAUUCGAAUGCGGAGGCACCACAGCAAGGCUCCCCGCCGGUGGGUGUGGCACUCACCGACCAGCUCAUGGGGUUGUCGCCACCACUGGAGACAUGCAAUACGGCUGGGGCUGCAGUGGCGCCGUCGUUUUCUCAGCAGCAGCAGCAAGUCCCCCGUGCCUCUCUUGCGGCGACAGAAGACGAGAAGGGGCAGCAGCACAUGGACGACGAUAGCGGUGAAAGUGAUAUGCCCCGUGUCGUGACGUCUCGGUUGCGCAUCGGCCAGCAGAGCGGCGAGGAGCGAAGCGGCAGCAGCGGCGAGGCUGGAAGCUCAGUGGGGGGCUGCAGCGCUAUGUUGUCCCGACCACAGCAGGAGCUGUCUGAGGGGCGACAGCACACUCAACCUGGGCUGGCCCACCCUGGUGUUACGGGUGUACAAGCGGAAGAAGCGGAGGGCGAGGAGGACAUCGUCAUCGCGCCUCCAAUCCGGGUACAGCGCCGUUCCAGCCAGCUAGUGGGCCGAAUCAAGACCUUCACGCUCUCCUAUACCCACCAGGAGGGGACGGCAGUGUGCCGCGCGUGGCGACUGCUCCACAGUGCCAUGCACGUGUACCGAAGCAAAAGCGCCAACUCCAACAGCGCCUCGUGUGACGCCUCAGUGGAUGUCGUAGCGCCAAUCUCGCCGCCUGCCUCGUUAUCUCUUUCAGUCCUUGCAAAGGAGGCUCAGAAGUGUCUGUGUGACGACUUCCUCGCUUUCCUGCAGCCACCCGACGAGGACAUUGAGCAUGCCGUGCUGUCCGUGUCGCUGAACUGUGACAGCAGCGUGGCGACGGCGAUGCUGCAGGUACAGGUGCAGACAAAUGAGCGCCGCGCUGCCCUGGCAGACCGCCUACAGCACAGCAACCAUGGCGUCCGUCGCAGUGUGGGACGCGACCACCGCAGCGGCUUGGUGCCGCUCAGUGUGCAGGAGGUGGACCGGUUCUACUUCCCGCGACUCACACAUCUGCUUCGCCAGUAUAAGACGGUCGCCGACAUGGUGGUGCAAGUGCAGACCUUUUUGCAGCCGCGCGCGGCGCUGCAGGACCGGCUUCUGCAGAGCUAUGGAAGCAUCGCAGCGCUUGUGCACUACUAUCAUGGUAGCUCAGCUGCGCUGGAGCAUGAGUUAGGGAUCUCGUCCUGGCAGGUGCUCAUGGACCCCACGCCGCUGGGCACCGCCAGAGCGCAGCAGCUGGCCGACGAUGUUUUGUCCCCAACAGUGGCGGUGGACCGCGUACAGAGGCGCAGAAACGUCGUGGCCGAGGAGGGCCAUCAAGGCGGCGGCGCCCUCUGUGAGGGCGAGCCGCGCACCCCCAACCCCCAACCACAGCCGGCUACGGCAGGCGCGCCGCAGCUGUCUCGUCUGGCUUCAGCCAAUGACGGUGCUAGUGGUGCCACCAACCUGCAGGGCCGUCCGCCACCCCAUCCGCGCCGCCUGCCUACGCCGCCGCACGCCAUCACGCACACCAGCAGCAUCUCGUUUGAUGAGGUAACAGAGGAUUCAACCAGCGAGGAGGGUCCUGUAGUAGUGCUGCGGUGCACGACGCCGACCAAAACCUCGCACUCACCCUUCACACCUAAGUCUUUCCACGUGCAGUACACAUCUGGCAUGCACCAGCAGGUAUUCUCCACGACAUCGCCGUCGCGCCCCGUAGUUGAGGGCGUGUCGGAGCGUGGCGCAUUGAACGAGUCUGGUGGCUACCUGGACGCGGGCACCGACACUGGCCUGGUAUCGCCCCUGACGGCCAUAUCCAGCACAGCCGGGUCACCGAACCAGCAGCACCUGGGCUUGUCGCUUGAGCACCCAGCAGCAACAGGGGCGGUUGCCCCAUCGGAGAAUUCGCUUUCUACCCAACCUGUGCCGCAUCUCUUGUUGCAGCCCGCGGGUGACAAAGAUGCGGCGGCGGCCCCGCCUGGUGCAAAGAGUGGAUGUGAUAGCAGGCAGUACCACUAUAGUGAGGCCAGCGGUAGCGCGACCACCGCAGCCGUACCCGUGUCGUCGUCUUCACCGCUAGUAAUGUCGGCGCCAAAGACAAAGACUAUUGUCGGCAGUUCCACCAGCGGAUACCUGGCGCCACCAUUUCAGCAGCUGGCAGAGUACAAUCACUCCAACGCUGGCGGUAACAGCAACGCCACUUUGCAACCACCACAAGUGAACCCACGUCGGCUUGUUGCCGCGGCUGGAGCCAGCGACUCUAGUUCCGUCACUGGUUUGGACCAAUGCAAGUCGGAGUAUGAGCGCGUGCUGCAGGGCAAGUACAAACGUCUAAUGAGAGUCGCCUACGACGGAGUGGUGCGCGGCAGUGUCCCGCUAGACCCGCAACAUCAGCAGAAAACCGUCAUUGGUCGUGGCAAAUGGGGCGCACAGAAGGUGGAGCUGUCGUUGGAGUGGGAGAUCUUGUUUGUACUGACGUUUGAGAAGAGUCGCAAGCUUGGCCGCAGCUCACGGCGGGCGCAGAUGUUGGUGCACCCGGUGGGCUGCGGCUUCGAGUGUGCGGCGGGCGACGAUCUGAGCCACACAGCCUCCAGCGGCAUCUUCUGCGGUGGUGACGCCCUCUCCCCGCAAUCUUCCGCCAUCAGCGGCGAGCUGGGUGAGUGCGGACAUCACCCGUCGAUGGUGCCAAUGUCAAAGAUGCCGCGCAAGAAGGAGCCGUCCAGGUCGGCGGCGUCUCACCUUAUCAUAACAAUUCAGCGGCCGUUUACGCCGGAUGAGGUCGGUUCCUCUUCGCAUAACAUGGAGGAGACAGUGAUGGCUGGUGCGCUUCUCACCGUUUCGUCAUCGAAGCCAGGGCGGCUUCUCGGUGGCGGAAGCGACGAUACUAGCAACACAUCUCGAGCGAGCACCGGUGCCAACCAGGCGGUACAGGAGUACGUGUUUCAGCUUUGUCAACCCUCCCUCACGCUGGUCAUUGAGAUGAAGAGCUCCAAGCACGUGCAGGAGGCGCUCCGCCUAUUGAAGAACAGCAUUCGACGCGCUACGCAAGCUGUGAAUAAGUCGAUGCUGAACGCGCAAAUACCACCACCGGUGCUCACAUCUUCGUCACUGCCUGUAGCUCACCACGGACCACUGAGCUAG